AUGUCGGCUUUCGUGAGCUUGUCACGCUUCUUCACUACCUCCGGGCCUCGCCCACGUUCAUCGGACUUCCCGGAAUCUGUUCUUAACAGCUUCACAGUCGACUCUGACGUGGCAGAGAAGCACAGUCAGUCGACCGCCGAAGACUCAGAAUUCCGUGAGCACCUGCUCUCUUCAAUUGAAACGGCAUCUCCCGAACAAUUGCGCGCUCUCGUGCUUCAGCUCGCCGACGAGAUACCUGAACUACAACAGUCUCUUGUCCAAUCGCUCGCCUCCUUGAAGACAUUGUCAAAGGAGGCUUCGGAUGUUUUAUAUAUGGGCACAAGAUCAGAUGCAGACUCAAACGAAGCUUGCUGCAGCUUAGAGUGUGUGUCGACAGAUUCUGAGCCCACGCAAUAUUCAAGUCCUUCACCCUCGGACGCUGGAAGUAGUUUCAGUUGGAAAACCGCCCAUUCGGUGAUCAUCUGGGACAUUAAUAUCGAGGACGUCCCUGACAUUCAAUCUGAAGUGAGCGUAGAUGUCAGAUUGCACCCACGCUGGGAUAUUUGCGUUAACUGCGGAAAAACAAUUGACAUGAACGCUGUGCGUGGGCCGUUCGAAUGUUGCUACCAUCCAGGGUUUCUCCAGAAAGACGUUGAGCGGCACAAACAGCGGGAUCCCCGGUCUUAUCCACAGGACUUCAUCUGGAGGUGUUGUAACGAAAGCAACCCAGAGGGAUGUGAGACUGGGUACCAUAUACCUGCCGGGGGCAUUGGAUUGCCGCGAUUGUCUUGA